UUCUUCGGCUUGCUAGCUCUUCCGAACUCUGGUUCGCCUUCUAUGGACACUAACUCAAUCCAUACGCUGGAAUCUCGUCUUCCGCAAUCCCUUCACAGAUACCCUCUUUCUAAAGUAUAUAUAUAUAUUCAACAAAUUCUUCUUAAAAAUUCGAACUUUUUAUAACAUCAUUAACACUGGUGGACAGCACGGCGACGAUGGUUUGCCACGUGGUGGGACGUCUUUGUCUGCACUGCCGACCCGACCAAGAACCGCCCCUCAUGGUCGUCAACACUGUCUUGUCUGGUCAUGGCUUACGACUAUCCACCGGAGAAGCUCAGCGUUUACUUGUCCGACGAUGCUGGGUCUGAUUGUCAUGUUCUAUGCAAUGGUGGAGGCAACUCGCUUCUCCUUCCAUUGGCUGCCUUAUUGCAGGAAAUUCAAUGUCCAGACUCGCUCUCCUGCGGCCUAUUUUGCUUCUCAACCGGAGUUUGACACUUCCGGUCAGGCAGAUCACUUUGCAACAAUCAGAGUAAGUCAACCCAAUGUUCAUUUUGAUUUUGAUAUGUAUGAAAAGGAAAUGAUUUUGUUUUGUCAGAAAUUAUACCAAGAAAUGGCAGAGAAAAUCUCAAGAUCAACGAAACUGGGAAAAAUUACAGAAGAUUUGCAGCAGCACAAAGGAUUCUCGAAAUGGAAUUCUGAUCAUUCUUCCCGACAUGAUCAUGAUACCAUACUUCAGAUAUUAAUUGACGGAGAGACCCGAAUGCUAAGGAUAAUGAAGGGAUAGUAUUGCCUACUCUGGUUUACUUGGCAAGGGAGAAGAGACCACAAUACCACCAUAACUUCAAAGCUGGAUCCAUGAAUGCCUUGGUUAGUUAGUACACCGUGAUCACUCACGACCGAUAAAAUAUAUGUAUGUAGUUUGAUUUUGUAUGUAAUGUUUUGUGAUUUCAGAUAAGGGUAUCAUCAGAAAUCAGCAAAGGACAGAUAAUUCUGAUGUAGAUUGUGACAUGUACU